UAUUUGAAUCUAUUUCUGGAGGUGACGUCACCGAUGCCAACACAGGUGUCAGUUUCAGAAACCUGCAGGAUUAGAAAGCAUGUUGGAACGCUUGUAAGUUAAAUGUAAACACAGCUGACAGAAUAUGAAAUGGAUCACAAAAAUACAGCCGACUUGUUUUGGAACAUGACAGCAUGUGCUCAGUCAUAGCAGAUCUUCGACAGGCUGACACACACUGUAGUGCUAAUAGAGGAGCGUUACUGGAAUGUUCCAAGACAGCAUAUAAAAGCCUCAGGUCUUGUUCAUUGGGACAGAAGCACAGAAGAACUCAACCAGCUCAAAACAGCACAGAAAAGCCACCAAAAAUGCUUUGCCCAAGCACAUUUCAGCCUCACCUCAGCCCAUUCAUGGACUUCCACUGGCCAGUGCGCAGUCUGUGGCCGGAGACCAGACCUCUGUUCUUUCAGAUCGAGAAAGAAAUGAUGAGACACUUGCAGGAGAUGAGACACAACCUGGAGUUCAUGGAAUGCCUGCACCAAAGGAUUUUCGAUGAGAUUGACCACGUUUCACCCAUGACGACUUUCAAACCCAUCUCAUUCCAGCUCGGAAAAGAAGGAAGCCUCUAUGCACUGACACUAGAUACAAAGGAUUUCACUCCAGAGGAGCUGUCCGUUAAACAAGUGGACAGGAAGUUGCGGGUGAGCGGCAAGACAGAGAAGAAGCAAGACGAUGGGAAAGGAUCGUUCUCGUACAGAUGCCAAGAAUUCAGGCAGGAGUUUGACCUUCCUCAAGGUGUGAAUCCUGAGAUGGUGACCUGCUCUUUAAAUAAUGGACAGCUACAGAUAGAAGCACCCAAAGAAGCCAAUGCUGUGAGCAACGAGAGAGUGAUUCCCAUUACAUACACUCCUGCUGUGAAAAGUCCUGUUCCUCAGAGCCCUCAACCUCAACCUGAGAGCCAAGGAGCUGAGGCAGAGGCUACAGAUAAUUAAGCUUUGCCUCUACUAUCUAUAUAUCGCACAAUGGAACAAAAUGACAUUCAUUUACAUCUUGAACUUACAAAAUUGUAAAAAGAAUCAAAUUUGUCAAAGAUCAUUAUUGGUCCUAUACAUUUGU